GCUUUCUGGAUUAUAGGACCCCCGGGAUGUGGAAGAUACAGGAUGCCCAACAGCCUUGGAAAGCGCUUUAAACCUACCAAAUACAUCCCGGUCUCCACCGCCGCCGCCUUGCUGGUGGGCUCCACCACUUUGUUCUUCGUCUUCACGUGUCCCUGGUUAACGAGAGCCGUGUCCCCCGCCAUUCCUCUAUACAAUGGGCUUGUGUACCUGUUCGUCCUGGCAAACUUCAGCAUGGCAACAUUUAUGGACCCUGGAGUCUUUCCACGAGCCGACGAAGAUGAGGAUAAGGAUGAUGAUUUCCGAGCUCCGCUGUACAAGAACGUGGAGAUUAAAGGAAUCCAAGUACGGAUGAAGUGGUGCGCCACCUGCCAUUUCUAUCGUCCUCCCCGCUGCUCCCAUUGCAGCGUGUGUGACAACUGUGUUGAGGAUUUUGACCACCACUGCCCGUGGGUGAAUAACUGCAUUGGACGGAGGAACUACCGCUAUUUUUUCCUCUUCUUGUUGUCCUUAAGUGCCCACAUGGUCGGCGUCUUCGCCUUUGGCCUCAUCUUCGUCUUGCACCAUGCCGAAAAGCUGGGGGCGGUGCACACCGCCAUCACGCUGGCUGUCAUGUGUGUGGCUGGGUUGUUCUUCAUCCCAGUCAUUGGUCUCACAGGUUUCCAUAUUGUUCUGGUGGCCCGAGGACGCACAACCAAUGAACAGGUGACGGGCAAAUUCCGUGGGGGAGUAAAUCCUUUCACUCGAGGAUGCUGUGGUAAUGUGGAACAUGUCCUUUGCAGUCCUCUGGCACCCAGGUACAUUGUUGAGCCAAAGAAGAAACAGCCAAUAAGCAUAAAACCACCUUUUCUGAGACCAGAUUUAACGGAACGACAGAUCACGGUGAAGAUAAGUGACAAUGGCAUCCAAGCCAAUCUCAACCGGAGUAAGUCUAAAGUGAGCCUGGAAGGGCUGGAAGAUAAAACCAUGGAUAUUCAACCUCCUUUACCCCCCAAGGGAGAUUCCAGCAAAUACAGUGAGCAGGAGAGCAGUGAAGAGAGUAGCCUUUCACCCAAGCUGAUCAGCCCUCCCACACCUGCGAUGUACAAAUACCGUCCGGCAUUCAGCAACAAUCCGAAAGUGCACUACCAUGGAACAUCUGAACAGAUCUCCCUGCAGGAAAGCCACAAACCAAGUUCGGUGAUGGAGGAAAACGACAGCAGCUUAGAUUACCAGUCGGAGCCCAGCCUCGACAUUCCCAGCUACCGGAAGAGUUCCCUUCACAAGACGUACCAGUCGUCCCCUUUGCAGAUCGACUCCUUUGCCGUCAACUCGAGGUCCCUGAGCCUGAAAUCGGCCGGCCGGAGAGGAACGGACAAAAUGGCCCUCCACCCCAUGAAGUCGGAAGGGGCCGCCUCCACCCCUUACAAAAGCAUCUUCUCCCCUAACUCCCUCUCGAACAGGAACGGGAGCUUGUCCUACGACAGCCUGCUCAACCCCAUGUCCCCUUCCGGGAGGAGGUGCGUUGCCCACUCCGCCCUGGGCUCCGUGGGCUACCACUCCCCCUACCUCUCGGCCAAAAUGGGCCAUCUGCGGGGCCGAGAGCUUCAGCGGCCCCCUCUGCAGAGCUUCAGCCCGGUGCUGGGCGGGCCAGCCCCGCACCCCCGGGACCCCUCCCCGGUGCGCUACGACAACCUGUCCAAAACCAUCAUGGCCUCGAUCCAGGAGAGGAAAGAAAUGGAGGAGCGGGAGAAGCUCCUUCUCUCGCACCCGGACUCCGUCUUCGCAGACUCGGGCGUCUACGACACCCCUAGUUCUUACAGCCUCCAGCAAGUGAGUCUCAUGUCGGAAAACCCCCGCAGCCUCGCCCUGCGGUACGGCUCGAGGGAUAACCUCAUGACCACCGUGGGCUUUAGCGUGAGGAACCCGGUGCGCCAGGCGUCCGUCUCUUCGCUCUCCAGCGCAUUGACCAGGGCCUCGAGGACUUCCACCCCUUCCCUCCAGGCAGACUUGGCCAAUAACAAUGUCCAGGCGCAUCAGGCCUUGCAGGGGAGAAUGAGCAAUGGCUCUUACAAAUCACCCAGCCACCAAGUCCCAUCGUCCCCCAGCGGGAUACCCAGGUCGCCCUCGUACGGAGGUCCCAAAGCUGUCUCGUUCGUCAACACGGUGGAGUUAACAGAGGCACCCCCUGUGGGCGCGCCAAGGGACGACCUUGAACUGAAGACGCCUCACAGUAAAAUCAACGGACAGCCGAAAGGAAUUGCCCGGGUGGAGUGUCGGUUAGGUUCGACCUCCAGCUCCCAGGGGACCCCGGGCAGUCCCGCUAGACACUCAAACGUUAAGAAAGUCUCCGGAGUGGGUGGAACAACAUACGAAAUUUCGGUAUAAUAAAAAAAACAAACCAACCCCAAGAAAUUCGUAAAAUAUAAAGAGCCAUCCAUAACCCCAGCCACGAAGCAAAGGUGCACUGUGAAGGUUCAGCUAAAUUAAGGCUAAGAGGGAGAAAGGCAGAAACAGCAGCUAUUUCUAUUUUCUUUCGUGGGCUUUGGGGGUCAAAGUUUGUUCCCUUCAUAUUUUAAUGUCCAGCAGACUUUCCACUCCUCUUGGUUUCCUCCCUCGUCUAAACCAUCUGCAGCCUUAUUCUUGAAGGGAUAAAACUUUGUACAGCUCUACGGAUCAUCUCUAGAAGAGACAGUCGGGAUUGGGUUGAUUUUACUUUGGACUGACCGAUGGCAUCAAACAACUUAGGCAUACCUUCUGCGAAAACUCAACGGAAAAGCCAUUGUGCGUUUUGUCUCCCUCCACCUGGUCUUUUCAUGUAGGUGUUGUUACCUCGUGGUCUAAAAACCAAUCCGUGUGGGCUGACGUGUUUUCUCUUAAACCCUCCAGGUCUGAAGUUAAAGAAGAUGAAAGAGCAACAGGGGCCGGUUUCUCAGUUUUUGUGAGAUCCCUUUGAGGGUUAGAUGUCUAUUGACGCCCCUAACCUUUUGUAGGGUGGGGUGGUUCCAUGUUUACUAUAUCGUUCCAUUCCUUUGGAGCAAGGAAACCGAUUUGUAGGCAGCGCUUAUUAUAAACAGGAGCCCACCGAUGUUAAAUUGUCCCAACUUUUAUGGCACGGUGAAAUGUGAUUCGUCCGUCAGUUUCUGAAACCCCUUAAACUUCAAAAUUAUGGCUGGGGAUUGCUGAAGAUGAGUUGACACAAGGAAGCAUGUUAAAACAAAAGUGUUUGCCAUUUUAAUGAUUAAAGGAACAAACCUGGGGGGAAAAAAACAACAUGUUAGAGUAACAAAUUAUUUUUUUAAUGAAUUAUUCCCAAGCUCUGUUUCCAUGCACAUUCUUUUGUGCGUGCAAAUCUGUUUCUUCUGCUAGAAAUAACGGGGAAGGCCGUCCGCAUGGGGAAACUAUGUGCCUGCGAGGUACAUUCGUAUAUCAGUUUCUGUUUCGGUAGAGACGCAUAGAACAUGCUGAACAAGGAUGAUCCUCUUCAGCUGAAAAAAUCCACUGGAGACCAGCAGGCCUAUUAUUAUGUUGCUUAAUUUUUUUAGAGAUUGGUUGUAUGGGGAAAAAGCAGGAAAAGAGUGGAUUUUUGGUUUCUACCGUUGCCAUUAGCCGCCAUGUGAAAAGUUAUGCGCACACCGUGGAGUUUGUCUCUCAUGUCGUAGAACUGUAAACCAAGUAAGAAACUUCAAUGCUUCCUUGGAUGAUUUUAGGUGGGUUGUUAUUUUUUAAAAAAAGAACCCAUGCUACUUAAGAAAAAAAAAGUUUGAAAAGUUCAAAUAUUCAUAUGGUAACCUCUUGUUAAUAACCGCCAUCUCUUUUCCUCCUCUUGAAGAUGGCUGGGAACUACGGUGUAUUGUCUUGCACUGGUGCAACGUGUAUAAUCUCGACGCAAGGUAUUCUAUGAUCUGUUGAAAAUUGCAGUGUGUGUGUGUGUGAUUGUGUAUGAUUGUCAGCCAAGCACAUGCCUGUAGAAGCUGCAUUUUUUUUGCUGCCUGUCUGAUGACGAAUGACUUUUCCGCAAGCCCUAAAUAUUUUAAGACACCUUUAUGAGGUUUAGUGGGUCUCGUUCACUCCGAGAAUCUGGAGGGAGGAAAACCUCAUGAGCCAUGGAUAAAUCUCCAAUUAGCGAGUUGUGUGUGUGUGUGUGUUUCUCCUCCUUAGGUGUAAACAAUCACAUACACUUGGAAACGGGCUGGGUGUGAGGAGUAGAAGAAUGGAAAGUGUAAAAAAAGAUGACUUUUAGGCACUUGAUAAUUGACAUGAUUGCCUUAAAAUUUCAUUUUAUGGAUUUGCUUAAUUUAUUUUUUUUUCCAUGACGAGCCAUUCCUAAUUGGAAUCUUGGGAUUCUUA